CUGAUCCAGAAAAUAUCCAAACUAACCAACAAUAUAUUUUCCCCAUAAACAACACCAAUAUAGCAAAAUCAUUUUUAGAUAAAAUUCAAGGAACUUAUAGCUUCAAUAUAUCUCUCCCACCAGAAUACAUAAGUGUAAAUCCUACCAAUAAACCAAUACUCCUUGUGAAUCCAAAAAAUAUUACAAAAAUGAAUCUUACUAUUCCAAUCAAUACCCCUAAACAACUUGUUAAUAUCGCCAGAGAACUCUGA